AUGCACGCUGUGGCGUUUUUCAAGUUCAUGGCCAACCUCGAUCUUUCUGAGAACGGAUAUGCCUUUGUCUUUCUUGACGCCGACGUCUUCUUCACUGGCUCACUCGACCCAUUCGGCGUCAUGCUUCCGUUGUCCAAUACGACAUGGGAUCUCCAGUUCCAGUCCGACGGUGGGUCAGGCAACCUGAAUAUUGGCUGGUACUUUGCGCGCCCGACGCCAAUUACGCGGAUGUUCUUUCGUUUAAGCUUCGCGCAUUGGAUACAUACCAAGACGGACGAGUGGGAUCAGCUGGUAAUGAAUAAAAUCAGAGAUGGGAUGCUGGCCAAGGAAGCCGCUCUGGCCGCCGAAAUCAGCGCAGGCUCGAAUAAGACGAGCGCACCAAGUACACCGCCGCUUCGUAUACACAUGGUCGAGUUGAAGCAUUUCAGGAAUUUCAUGCUGGAAUUGUGGAGUCCAGAGCUUUUCGGAAACCAGACUGCCACCGACGAUUACGUAUCCAACGCAGCCGCGAUUCACUACACAUGCGUCCAGCACGACCUCAAAGAAUAUUUUGGGUUGAACUACGGCGGUUUUGGCGACCUUGAUGGAUACUACAGUAAGCCGCCGCCGAUUCUACGUCCCUUUGGGAUCAGCGGCACGUCGGACGCGGUGCACAAGCAGGUCGCCUUCGCGCUGGCGCUGGGGAAGAAGACCAACCGCACAGUCGCCUGGCCCGACACCGUCAACGUUUUCCAAGGAUGGGACGACGGAACGUAUCACUUCCAGCCGCGCUUUCCUGGCGUUAAGGCCGUCAGCUGGCCGUCAGCCAAGGGCGCGGGAUAUGCUGUCGUCGAGGGGCAAUAUCUCCAAAAUCGUCUGCGCGAGGGGCUUGACCCACCAACGGAUGAGGGUCACUGGAGCCUGAAGGAAUAUGUUGAACAGGCGGACAGCGCUCCUAGUGACAAUUGGCUGGAUUCUUUGGCCCGUAAAUUGGUAGCCAAGGAAGGCUUCUCCGUUGUCAACCUUGACUUUACUGAUGUAGGGGCAGAAUGGACCCCACUGGUGGAUCCCAGCGAGGGUGAAAAGCCGGGGUUUGACGAGUUGGUACGGGAAGUCGAGGCAAAAUUCCACAGGGUCUUUAAGGAUUCGGGCAUGGAAGAAUUUUCAUCAUCGCCAUUAGCAGAGGUGGGCAUGUGCCGAUGGGUGAAUGGCGGAGACGCAUGUUUAGCGAACUGUUAG